AUGAACAACUCUUCUUCGCGCACGUUAGAGAUCAAAGUCUUGUCAGCGGAAGACCUACGAAUCGGUGGCAGAUCUGUAAAAAAGAAUGCUUUUGCGAUUGUCAAGGUCGAUCCUUGGAACUAUCGGGGGACAAAAGUCGAUCCUCUUGGAGGAAGUUAUCCUAAAUGGGACGAAAUUCUUGAGAUCAUUUUGCCUGUGGGUGCCACUUCUCUAACCCUGGAAGUACAAUGCAAGACUUCUUCAGGUGAUAGGCUAAUAGGGACCGGAAAUUUACCACUUUCCGAUAUUAUUGAAGACUAUACUCCAGAGCAUUAUUUGCGAUUCUUGAGUUAUAUUCUAAAAGAUACAAAAGGGAAGAGGAAUGGAAUUAUUAAUCUUUCCGUGAGAGUUAAAAUGCCAAAACAGGUGCGUUCUUCGCUAGGAAAACCCAAGGUGCCUGAUUAUGCAGCGUGUUCAUCCAAUGCGGUGUUGAAGGUGGCAGGAUACAAGAGUUCUCCGGGGCAAAUGAUUGAAAUCCCUAUCGGUGAGAGGAAAUUUGAGGGAGCUGUGAUUGGGGUUCCAGUUUGGCCACCAAAUCAUGACUAA